AUGUACACGAACAUCUCAGGUGAGAAGGUGGUAAGCGCUUUGCUGGAGAUAUUGGAGCGAGAAGAGGACAUCCUGGAGGCAGAACGGAUACGGAGAGAAUCGUUAACACGACUGAUCAACCUGACA